CGCGCUAUCGUGAACAACAAUCCAGAUAUUCCUGCCUAACAUUAAUGCUUCAACCAUGCUCUCUGAGUAAGGCUUGAACUCUUACCAUUGCAUUCUGGUGCUUAAUUCACCUUUUUUUUUACACUUCUAGUUUUCUAUUCUAUUCUAUUUCAAAUUUUGCUCUUGUGUGGAUACAAGACGCUAUAUAGAAGAAGCAGUUUCACUAAUAGACAUCAUGUCGCAGCUUGACCCUUUACCAAAGGAGUUGCCCUUCCGGAUCAUAUCCAAGACCGUUGGCCGCGGUGCCUAUGCUUCAAUAAAAAAGGCUAUCCCGUUAGACUCAUCAAGUCCAGUGUUCGCCGUCAAGCUUAUUCACAAGGGAUACGCCACUAAGCAUGGCCGCAUCUCUGCAAAGCAGCUUGCCAUGGAAGUCUCUCUCCACUCCCACAUUGGCCAGCAUCCCAAUAUUAUCGAGUGGUUUGCUUCAGGAGAAGAUGCUAUAUGGCGAUGGAUAGCCAUGGAGUAUGCAGAGGGCGGCGACCUCUUUGACAAAAUUGAGGCGGAUGUCGGUGUCCGAGAAGAUAUUGCUCAGAUCUACUUCCUUCAGUUAGUAGGCGGUGUGAGCUUCAUGCACUCCAAAGGCGUGGCACAUCGGGAUCUCAAGCCAGAGAAUAUCCUCCUCUCUCAAGAUGGAAGCUUGAAGCUGGCCGAUUUCGGAAUGGCGACCAUGUUUGAGUACAAGGGCCAGCGCAAGACCAGCUCAACGCUAUGUGGCAGCCCGCCAUAUAUCGCGCCAGAGAUUCUUGCCUGUGGUAGAGUGGAUAAGAGGGCACCCAACUCAGCCAAGUACUCGCCAGACCUCGUCGAUAUAUGGUCAUGCGGAGUCAUCCUCUUUGUCUUGUUAGUCGGCAACACGCCCUGGGAUGAGCCGUCGUCGACAAGCUGGGAGUUUGGCGAGUACGUAAAGACUUCAGGGAAGAGUUCAGAUCCGCUCUGGGAGAGAGUGCCUCUGGAAGCGCUCUCCCUUCUCAGGGGCAUGAUGUCUGUCGAUCCUCAAAAGCGCUUCACUUUUGCUCAGAUACGACAGCAUCCUUGGUAUACACGUCAUAACCCGCUGCUCACUAUUGAUGGCAGAAUCCUUGAUCCCAUUGCCCUAGCCACCAAGAUGCUAGAAAACCUGCGAAUCGACCUCAGUCACAUUCCUACGACUAAACAUACCUACCUCCCGACAUCUCACGAUCCGACUAUUGAUUCUGGACUCAACGCUGGGCGAUUCUCAUCUACCCAGCCGGAAGCCCCAGUUACUCCCAUUGUCGACAAAGACUGGGACUGGGAGGCUCCUGUCCUUCGCUCCAGGGCUCUGCCGUCUUCUUUGCCUACCGGCUCUUACAACGCUCGUCGCAUGCUCCUUGACUCCCUUGCGGAUGAGCCUUCCAUGUCACAGUUUUCGCAAAUGCCAGGGCCGUCUAUGACUCUCACGCAGCAAGCUCGGCGAUUCCGUGAUAUUUGCCCUCCCGAAUCCCUUACCCGCUUCUUCUCUCAUGUGCCCUCUGCCCACAUUAUACAGAUGCUCAGCGACGCACUGCAUCAGCUAAACGUACCUUUAGCUCCCGUCACGCCGAAUCCGAAUAGUAGCCCCAUAGUCACCAUCAAGAUCCGUGCCGUCGAUGGCCGUCGACAGAGUCUGCACGGAGAAAUCUGCGUCGAUAGGCAGCCGCUCCCAGAUGGCUUCGAAGUGCUAGACAUUCGGUUUGUCAAGAUCAAGGGAGAUCCGCUCGAGUGGCGGCGAUUCUUCAAAAAGGUGGUAGUGCUCUGCAAAGAUGGUGUCUAUGUCCCGGAAGCUUAGGGGAAUACGGGACAGCUGUUUCCUCAUGAUGAGCAUAUGAUGAAGGGGUUGCCUGAGCUGGUCGUGGAACUUUCUGGAUAGCACGCAUUCUAGGUAAUUUAUGUAUAUAUAUGAGCACGCGACAUGGCGGAUGAUAUGACGAGUUCAAUUUGUUAAUAUUAGUGUUUCUAUAAUUUUUAUCUACUGAUAUAUUGCCGUUGACCGUAUCCGUAACCUUGCCCCUACCAUAUUCGUUGUCUUAAUCUGCUUGUACAGGAAUCUCAUUAGGUCCAGGCGUCUCAUUAGCCUGAUCUUUCCACUCAAAAGGCUGUCGGCACAUGGGACAUUGUCCCUUUGCAGACUCUUGCUUAAUCCACUCCAUGAUGCAAUG